AUGUCAGGCCUAGAUUCUAGCAAAUUUGUGGCUAGGGUCCUGGCUUUGCAGAUAUUCACGAAUAGUGGAGAUCGGCAUCUCGUCCUCAACUUUAGCUUCGCAUCGCGGGAGGCCCGAGAGGAGUGGAAGCGCUUGAUCGAGCAGUCGGCGGGACGUUGUGUUUUAGCAUAUUUGGAGGUAGACCUUGCGGAAAUCCGACGCCGCGUGAGGGCGCGGAAUGCACAAAGCGAGAAAGAUGCAGACUCAGCAUUUAACUUGAUGGAGGAGGUUCUGGAGAGGUUUAUUGGUGGGUUUGAUUUCUCCACUGAUGUAAUCAGGAAGCCGAGUAUCAGGAAUCCGCCUUAA